AUGCCACCACCCCGGCAAGUGAAAUACAUCAAGCGUCACAAGGGUGUCAUCCCAAUACCGACUGGCGGUUCAACGAAGGGCACGACGCUCGCGUACGGCGACUGGGGGAUUCGCAUCAAGGGUUGCGGGAAGCGGCUUACUGCGAAGCAGCUCACGUCGGCGGAGGAGGUGCUCAAGAGGAAGAUUAAGACCAUCAAGGGCGCCAAGGUUUACAUGAGAGUAUUCCCUGAUAUCCCUGUUUGUAUCAAGGGGAACGAAACCCGUAUGGGCAAGGGAAAGGGACAUUUCGAGUUCUGGGCAACUCGUGUCGCUCCUGGGCGCGUUCUGUUUGAGCUUGGUGGCGCACCAAUUCGUGAGGAGAUUGCGCGGGAAGCACUUCGAUUGGCGUGCGACAAACUCCCCACCCAAAAUGAAUUCAUCACCCGCGCGACACCACCGCGUCUGGGAAAUAUGCUUAUCAUGCCGGAGGGGCCUCUAGCUGCUGUCGAGAGGAUAUCUCAGCAAGCGAAAACGCCCAGUGUAUCAUAG